CUUGACAUCAUCAAGACUUUUCCUGAUGUUGACGAAAAACCAGUUCCAGGCGACUCUCCCAUCGUCCAAUGUGAUGCCUCGCAGCCACAGAUUUUGAGUUUGCUGAAGGUCAUCAUUGACCCUAACCCUCCUGCUAGGGGCGAGAACUUAACCUUCACCGCCACUGGUUUUAUCAGCGAAGACAUCGAAGAAGGUGCCUACGUUGAAGUCGACGUUAGAUACGGCUUCAUCAAGUUGAUCCACCAGACGUUUGACUUGUGUGAGGAAAUCACCAAGGUCGACUUGGAAUGCCCAAUCAAGAAGGGACCACAGGUCAUUCAGAAGGAAGUUGAGAUUCCUAACGAAGUUCCUCCAGGGAAGUACAUUGUCAACGCCAGAGCCUACACCAAGGACGACGUGUUCAUCACCUGUUUGACUGCAACAAUCGAGUUCCCACCACUCUAG